AUGAGUAAUAAAGAUAAGAUCAAGGUAGAACCAGACAGAGGCAUUGAUAAAGUUCCUUCAUUGGCGUCCACUUUACAUCACCAUCAAACAAAUCCAAAAAGCAGCAGCAGUGCCGAUGACGAGAACUCUACCGGACCGUCUGCAUCUGUUGGUGCUACAUCUCCACACACUGACUAUAUGAUCAAAUGUCCACAAUGCUCAAUUCGUCUAAGUGGUGUCGAGGCAUUACGUGAUCAUAUAAUCCAUGACCAUCCACACGAUAAACUUAAUUAUGAGAAUUAUAGAACUUCACAUGUGAAUAUUGACUCUGAUGAUAAUGAGAGCAGUACCAGCGUAAACACGACGAAAAAUAGCAACAAUAACAACAAUAACAAUAACACAAUCAAAAACAAUAAUAGUAUUCAAAACAACGAUAACGACAGAACAUCUCAAAACUCUCCAAGUCUGUCGUCAUAUUCUAACAUGAUACCAACAACUUUAGCAACGCCGCCGGUGCAUGCAUCAACUACUGCUUCAUCAUUGUCACCAUUACCAAUACUCUCAUCUGCACCUGAUCUCAGCGCAACCACACCAUACGCAGCACACCACAAUCAUCACACAUCCGCUGCAGCAGCAGCAGCAGCCAUGCAACAUCAUCAACUGCCAUCACACUUACCAGCUAAUUUGCAUCCUGUGCAGUUUAUGGCUGCUCUGGCAAUGCAAACAGCACAAAAUGGUGCGUGUUCAAAUGGUGGCUCAGCGUCGUCAUCGUCCACCUCGUCGCGGACAUCACCAACAAGCCAACUACUAGCACUAGCGAAUGGUCAGCACCAACACAAUGUGCAUCAUUUAUCUCAUAAUGCCGGUAACAGUUCCAGUUUAUAUGACUUAGACGGUGCACGUUCCACCUCGAGCCCCAGUUCUACACUUGGCGAUAGCUCAGCGGGACACUAUCAAUGCAUGCAGUGCACGGCGACAUUCCAAACUCGCGAUCAACUCGAAAAGCACGAACUUCUGCACUCUCCAAACGCGCAGGCGCAAUCUCAGGGCGGUGCGAAUCAAGUAAGUUCAUCUUUUAUGAAAAAUGAAAUAAAACAAUUUGAAAAUUACUGAAAAUUACUACUGCAAUG